AUGGACAUCCGUGACGAUAAGAAUGCCCAGUUGGAUUCCGAAACCUCAGACCACUUCAUGAGGGAAGAGGAAAAGUCGCACAGUAUCCCGGCCAUCAAAACACCACAGCAAAAGCGCGCCUUACUGAAAUUGGAUCUAUUGCUAAUCCCUAUCUUGGGUCUGUUCUACUUCCUGAGUUUCUUGGAUCGAUCAAAUCUUGGCAAUGUACGAAUCAUCGGCCUCCAGAAGGAUCUUAAAAUGACCGAUUAUGAUUUCUCAAUGGCAUUGACUAUAACAUUCAUACCUUACAUACUUAUCGAGCUCCCUUCAAAUUUAUUGGUAAAAAGAAUUGGCGCUGGUAUUCUAAUCCCACUGAUUGUUACCAUUUGGGGACUGAUAACUUGCUUACAAGGCUUGGUUACUAGUUAUCAGGGACUUCUUGUGUCCAGGUUCUUUUUGGGCUUGGUUGAGGGUGGACUGUAUCCGGCUAUUAUACUUUACUUAUCAUCAUUUUACACCAGGACCGAGCUACAGUUUCGUAUUGCCUUGUUCUGGGGUACAAUCUGUAUAGCUGGAGCGGCGUCAGGAUUGCUGACAUUUGAGAUCAUUAAGCUGCACGGUCGUUGGGGGCAUCCUGGUUGGGCUUGGGUAUUCCUGAUCGAAGGUUUUGUGACAGCGGUUUUUGGCAUACUUGGAUUCUUCGUUCUGCCAUCACGCAUUGAGAGAGUGUGGAUUUUAACAGAAGCAGAAAAGGCCCAUCUUUUAUCGAGACUAGAGACGGCCUCGUCGUCUAGUUCCAGUCUGACGCUUUCGAAUUCCUUCAUCGAAAAUUAUCCCCCCAAAUCAACCGGGCGCCAGGUCUGGGAAGCUUGCAAAAGUCCUCAUGUUGUCCUCCUGAAUGUCGCACAAUUUGCAUGCGCAGGUAACAUCUAUAGUCUGGCUUAUUUUACACCUACCAUUGUCAAUUCAUUCGGUUACUCUCCCUCAGCCACUCAGUUGUUCUCGGUCCCACCCUUUGCGGUAGCUUUCGUAUUCCUCCUCGGGUUAUCAUACUGGGCGGACUCCCGACAGUCUCGGGGUGUCGCGUGUAACAUUAGCGCAGCACUUUCAAUUGUCGGGUUUGCAAUCUUUUAUGUUUCUGGCCACGAAAAAGUGAGGUAUGGAUCCUUGUUUUUAUCGGUUCCCGGAGCAUAUGGCGUGUCACCAAGCCUGUCGGCUUGGACGGCGGACAACAGCGAACCCCACAUGCGCAAAGCAACCGCUAUCGCCUUAGGAACCAUGGUGGGAAACUCAGGCGGACUCUUCAGCGUUUGGAUUUUUGUUUUGGGUCACAAGCCAAGAUACUACCUUCCGACAGCAAUAAAUCUAUUCCUUGGAGUGUUGAUCAUAGCCUGCUCCAUAUUGAACAUGGUUUGGCUCAGUUAUGCUCAAAAACAGAAAGCCGCCAGACGGAACGACAUUCUUCAAAAGUUUAAUUCUGGGGAGGCCGAGCCGCAAGACACAAGCGAACAGGACCUAGCAGCUGCCCAAGCAUGGGACCAUCUGGGUGACCAACACCCAGAUUUCAAGUACACAUAUUGA